ACAGGCGUACUAGACGGAUUACUACCACCAGACUACAGAAAGCAGCCAGAGGGCGACGGGUGAGCCGUCAGCAGCUACCUGUCCUCCAUUUCUGCUCCACGUUGGAGGUUGGAGGCAGCGCAUUAUUGUGUGUGUGAGUGUGAGUGAGUGUGUGUGUUCUGCUCCCAUGGAGGCAGCGGUACUGAACCCCGCGAUGAUGACGGAGGUGGACUGCAACAGCAACACCCUGAACGCCGAGCUGGAGGUGAAGAAGCUGCAGGAGCUGGUUCGGAAGCUGGAGCGGCAGAACGAGCAGCUGCGGACCCGGGCCAGCGGCUGCUCGGGCGGCCCGCAUGCGCUGCCCCAGUCCCCGGCGUACGUGCUCGGCGGCGCCGGGGGAUACUGCCUCCCCAGCCCGCUGCCCACCUUGCUCUGUCAGUCGUCCUUGGGGUCCUUCGCGCCCCCGGAGGAGCCUUUCGACUAUUUCCUCCCGCACACGGGCGGGGACGGAGCGGCUGCCGGUGAGGAGGAGGAGGAUGAGGAGGAGGAUGAGGAGGAUGGAUCCGAGCCGUCGGUUCUGGAUGAGCUGGAACUUUUAGACUUGAAUUCUCUGUCCUGCUCGGAUGAGUCUGAUGAAACAUGGUUGUAUGCGCCAUCAAAAGCUAAAGAGUCCACAGAUCACUCCCUCACACCUCUGCAGUGGUGCCGGCAGGGUCUGGACAGCCCCAGGUCCGAGGUGGAGGCCGCCAGGCGGUCGCUGUCGCUGCGACUGGAACAAGUCUCCAGGUGGCGUAGCUCCCUCUCCAGCCCCUCCCCCUGCUCCUCCCCCGGCCCUCCUCUGAGUCGAGUGGCCGGAGUGUCACCCAUUAGUGCUCCUCCCUCCGCCAAGCCCUGCUCCACACCCCAGUCGACUGAAAGACACGCUUCAUCCCAUUCCUCCCCGCUCCACCUGGUCCUCCAUCGCACGCUGAGUCCUGUAGGGAAGGAGCUCUCCCCUGUAGCUGAGAGGACUCCCACGUUCUUCCCUCACAACCGCAGCCGCAGCCUCCGGCACUCAACGCUCAGUCCCCAGUCAUCUAUGGACAGUGACCUCGGUGCUUCAGAGGUGGAGGACGAGUCCAUCACUCUGGGAUACAAACUGCAAGACCUCACUGACGUCCAGGUUAUGGCCCGACUGCAGGAGGAGAGUCUAAGACAGGACUACGCCAGCACAUCGUCAAUCCUGGCCAACCGCCGCAGCCAGAGCUUCACCUUCCAGCUCAGCCAGCUCAGCGCCGGCCCCGACCUGGAGGAGGAAGACGGAAGAUACGGCUCCCUGCCCCGCCGCAGCUCGCCUCACCCGCCUUCCGACCCACACUUCUCCAGUCCGCGAGACCUGCGAAGAAGCACAAGUCCGUGCACCCCACCUUCCACCCCCUCACCCCCCCGUUACCCUUCCGCUGGGUUCGCCUUUAACCACAGCGCAGGGACUGGGACUUGGGCCCUUGGUCGCCUCUGCGGCAGCCGACGCCACGGGGUUAAACAGGGCUUCAGACCAGGAUCAGCCGAAUAUGAGAAUAAGCUGCGGAGGAGCAUGCCUAACCUUGUCAGAGCUCCCAGCAUGCCUAGUGUGCCCAUUCCAACCAAUCCUAGUGCUUCCCCUUGUUUGCUUCGUAACAGCCAGAGUUUUGAUUCGUCCAGUGGGCUGGCUCGACUGCAGUCCUCCAUCCCUUCCCCAGGACAGCUGCAGAACAGGGUCCAGAGCGUCGGGAACUUCACCUCGUUGUCACGGCAACCGCUGAAAGCCACCGCCUACGUCAGUCCCACCAUCAAGGGCUCGGCCUCAAUGCCAACCUCCGCCAGCUUCCAGUCUCUGAACAGCAGCAGCAGCAGCGGGGGUAAUGCUGGGGUGGGCAGUGGGAUCCCUCUGCUCAGUAAACCGGCUGGUGGAGGCGGUGCGCCCACGUCCACCCCAAACACGCCCCGCAGCAGCCUGCCCCGACCCGCCUCCUUUGUUGGCACCACAAGCUCAACCCCUCGCAGCAAGGUGGCCCAACCAGCACGAAGUUUACUGACGCCUCCAAAGAGCUUGUCCACCCUCAGUGCCCUUCGUGACAGCACCUGGAGAGACGGCUGCUACUGAUGAACUGGUGCAGUAGUGCAGUGGCGCCCCGCUGGCUGGGGUAACUCACUACGCCUCAACAUAAAAAGAGGAUAUUUGAAUGGGUUUGACCAAAAAAACAGUUAACUGUUAAGUUGACCUAACAUCUGAGAUCCUGCAUAGAAUAGUUCAGUGUGAAACAAAACGACCGCAGCUGAUCUGAUCUCUCAUGUCAUCCAUUCAAUUCUAUGCAGAAUUUCUUCGGGGAAGGCGGGUUGUUUUUCUUCCUGGAUUUUGAGUGAAUGCGUGUCAGGUCUCAUUUUACUGACAGCUCGAGUUGGGUCCGUGCCAAGGGGGAGUCGUUCCCUGUUGCUUUCGUGCAAUAAACCACUGUCUGUAGGGUACUGGUAAUACUAACCUGCUAAAGAGGGCUGCCAGUUUUUAUGAGCCUCACAAUACUGUAUUUAUUUAUAUAUUUAUUUUGAAUAAAAUUUUUUGACUAAUCAGGUUUUCCCUCUGGCAACAAGCGCCAAAGAUGCUGCUAAAAUUUAAUCAGUCCCUGUUCGUUUGGGCACAUUUGGUCAAAUUUUUACAAGCGAGAAAUUAUUGUAUGUAUUGGUGUACAAAGCUAACUAUUAAGUGUGCAUACAUGCAUAUAUAUAAAUAUAUAUUGAUGCAAUAUUAUUGAAUUUUAAAUGUGAAUCUUGACCAAAAGGAAAAUGUCUGAAUGUGUUUACAAAAUUGUCUCACCAUGGCGUCACAAACCUUUGUGUAUAUUAACACUUAACAAUUGUUUAACAAUGAUCUGUUCUUGUUGCACUUUGUAUAAAUCUCUUACUGAUAUUUUUACGUUCAGUUUACUAAUUUUUUGCACUUCCUUUACAUUUUAACUUUUGGAUUUAGGGUGGACAAAAAAUCAAUAAAUGUUUUGGGGAGAUUUCACAGUUGUACACUGCAUAAUGUAGCACCCUCUGUUUGUAAUAUUGGACUUGUGUUUUUAAAUGACCGUAACCAUAUUUCACAAAAUCCUGACACUUUUGUUACUGUGAUCGACUGAAUGAGUGAAACAUUUUAAUAAAACACAUUGAAUUAAA